CCGUGGGAGAGAACCAAAUGCGUCCAGGGCUGCAGGACGGCCACCUCCCUCCAAUUACGUGGCUCUGCACGGCUCAUCCUAAGUCUCACAGUUCAGGCUAAUCAUUGACAGAGCUUUACAAUCACAAGCUUUUACUGACGCGUUGAUAAGGCCGUGCAGCAGUGAGCAGCCAGCGAAGCCAGGCUGUGCGGCCGGAUCUCCAGGGAAUGAAUGGAUUUUCUCCAGCCCCGAUGAGAGCGGCAGACGCUAUAGCUGAACUAUGUCCAGCAGGCCCCCGCGCAGAUCUGUCAUGCUGUCAGCUCUCCUGCUGCUGCGCGCUGUCACCGCUUUCUCCGGAGAUGGCAGGGCUAUAUGGUCUCGAAACCCCACUGUGAGUCCAGUAAACGAAAGCCAGUUGUUUCUCUAUGACACUUUCCCUCCAAACUUUUUCUGGGGCGUUGGGACAGGAGCGCUGCAAGUGGAAGGCGGCUGGAAGAAGGAUGGAAAAGGACCCUCCAUCUGGGAUCAUUUCAUCCAGACGCACCUGAAGAGUGUCGACAGCACCAACGGCUCCAGUGACAGUUAUGUUUUUCUGGAAAAAGACCUAUCAGCCCUGGAUUUUCUAGGAGUUUCUUUUUACCAGUUUUCAAUUUCCUGGCCACGGCUCUUCCCGGAUGGAACAGGGGCAGUCGCCAACGCGCAGGGGCUCCGUUACUAUAAUGCGCUUCUGGACGCGCUGGUGCUCCGAGACAUAGAACCCGUAGUUACCUUGUACCAUUGGGAUUUGCCUUUGGCCCUCCAGGAAAAAUACGGGGGAUGGAAAAAUGAGACCAUGAUAGACCUCUUCAAUGACUACGCCACAUACUGUUUCCAGAUGUUCGGGGACCGUGUGAAAUACUGGAUUACAAUCCACAACCCUUACCUGGUUGCAUGGCAUGGAUAUAUGACAGGUUUACACGCUCCUGGAGAAAAGGGAGAUACAGCAGCUGUCUACACCGUGGGACACAACCUGAUCAAGGCUCAUUCGAAAGUUUGGCAUAACUACAACGCCCAUUUCCGCCCACGUCAGAAGGGUUGGCUCUCCAUCACUCUGGGAUCCCAUUGGAUUGAGCCCAACAGAAGGGAAAACGCAAUGGACACCCUGGACUGCCAGCGAUCCAUGGCCUCGGUGCUGGGCUGGUUCGCUGGUCCUAUUCAUGGGGAUGGCGACUACCCAGAGGUCCUGAGAAAGGACUUGCGCUCCACUCUCCCGGUUUUCUCGGAAGCAGAGAAGAAGGACGUGAGAGGCACCGCGGACUUCUUCGCCUUUUCCUUCGGGCCCAAUAAUUUCAAGCCCCCAAACACCAUGGCCAAGAAGGGGCAAAACGUGUCACUCAAUUUAAGAGGCGUGCUGAACUGGAUUAAACUGGAAUACGGCAACCCCCGAAUCUUGAUCGCUGAGAAUGGCUGGUUCACAGACAGUCACGUGAAGACGGAAGACACCACAGCCAUGUACAUGAUGAAGAACUUCCUCAACCAGGUCCUUCAAGCGAUCAGGUUUGACGGCGUCCAAGUGUUUGGUUACACCGCCUGGUCGCUCUUGGACGGCUUUGAAUGGCAGGAUGCUUACGCCAUCCGCCGCGGACUGUUUUAUGUCGACUUUAAUAGUACGCAGAAAGAAAGGAAACCCAAGUCUUCGGCGCAUUACUAUAAGCAGAUCAUACAAGAAAACGGCUUUACGUUCAAGGAGUCCACUGCAGACGUGCAGGGUCAGUUUCCCUGUGACUUCUCCUGGGGUAUCACUGAAGCUGUCCUUAAGCCCCGCUUCUCCGAGGCCGAUAGCAGGCUGGUCAAGGGCGCCGCCGACUUCUGCGCCCUGAACCACUUCACCACCAGGCUGGUGAUGCACGUGCCGCAGGGCGGCCGCCACCACGCCGACAGGGACGUGCGCUUCCUGCAGGACAUCACCCGCCUGAGCUCCCCCAGCCGCCUGGCCGUGGUGCCCGCGGGCCAGCGCAGCCUGCUCCGGUGGGUCCGCGACAACUACGGGGACGUGGACGUCUACAUCACCGCCAACGGCGUCGACGACCAGGCUCUGCACGACGACCAGCUCCGGAAGUACUACCUGGAGAAGUACCUGCAGGAGGCUCUGAAAGCAUACCUGAUUGAUAAAGUCAAAAUCAAGGGCUAUUACGCAUUCAAGCUGACUGAAGAAAAAUCGAAACCCAGAUUUGGCUUCUUCACAGCCGACUUCAAAGCUAAGUCCUCAAUACAGUUUUACAACCAAGUGAUCAGCAGCCGCGGCUUUCCUGAGAGCAGCAGCCCACCUUGCGAUGAGACCCAGACAGACUCGGAGUGCCCCCUCUGCACAUUACUCACGCAGAAGCCCCUGAUCUUCUUCGGUUGCUGCUGCUUCUCCACCCUGGCUCUACUUUUAUCAAUGAUCAUUUUCCACAGACGAAAAAGAAGAAAAUUUUGGAAAGUGAAGAACUUACAACACAUACCAUUAAAGAAAGGCAACAAGAGGGUUCUAAAUUAAACUCAUCUUAUUUCUGUCUGCAUGAUGGGAAGUUUAAAAAUUCACUCCAGUUCUAUAAACUGGUAACUUCAAAGACAUUAGAGAAGAGAAUUUGAGAUACAGUAGUACCCAAAGUGAUGACCUAUGAUGUCUCUGCUGUGUGGUUCAAAUGAAUUUUCCCUGAAGUGUUGACAAUCAGAGAAUUCAGUUCUUGGAUCUGAAGAUAAAGGCUUCACCUAGCCAGUUAUGAGGACUA